AUGAUAAUUAAGCGACAUUCGAAUAUGGUUAAACAACCAGCAAAUUUACAAGCGACUAGUAUAAACUCGAUGGAAUCAUCGCUACGACAGCCUGCGGACGGACCUUACGAUCUGUCCUCUACGCCAUCUGACAUUGAUGGUGAGAAAUCAGCACUAGAUUCCGACGAAGACUCACACAAAUCAAAACGAAGGUUUCCAAAACCUGGUAUCGGUAUAUGGCUCGACCUCAAGGAUAGACUACCUUGGUACUGGCAGGACUGGACCGAUUCUUGGGAUUACAGAGUGAUCCCCUCAGUGGUAGAAACCUAUUUCAACAACUUACUUCCAGCUAUCGCCUUCGCACAGGAUAUGUUCGAUCGUACAGAUAAUGCAUAUGGUGUGAAUGAAGUGUUGCUGGCUAGUGCCAUGGGUGGUAUAGUGUUCGGUGCACUGUCGGGCCAGCCUUUAUGUAUUGUCGGUGUGACUGGACCGAUUUCCAUUUUCAACUACACCGUGUAUGACAUUAUCAAACCGCUAAACACAAACUACUUUGGUUUCAUGUUCUGGGUUUACAUAUGGUCGAUGAUAUUUGACCUCAUAUUAGCUUUUGGCAACGCCGUCUGCUUGUUACAAUACGUUACAACUUUCCCAUGCGACAUAUUUGGUCUUUUCAUCAACAUCGUCUAUUUGCAGAAAGGUGUACAGAUAUUAACACAUCAAUUCAAGGAUAAAAAUGGAAACGAUGACCCAGCAGCAGGGUUUGCCAACGUCAUAGUGGCAAUGGCCAUGACAGUUUUCGGUACUUUCUUCAAGCUGAUCAAGAUGACACCUUUGCUAACCCCAAAAUUAAGAACAAUUAUCUCAGAUUACUCAAAUGCACUCUCGGUGUUGUUCUGGUCUAGUUUUAUCCAUUUCGGUGGUUACUUAAACAACGUGGAUUUUCAAAAGCUGCCAAUCACCAAAGCAUACCACCCAACAUCAGGAACUUAUCGUGAUAGAUCGACUUGGCUGGCAUACGAAUCUAUCCCUGUUCGUGAUGUUUUCAUCGCUCUACCCUUUGGUAUCAUUCUAACUUUGCUGUUUUAUUUCGAUCAUAGUGUUUCCUCAUUGAUGGCCCAAAAGGAGGAGUACAAACUAAAGAAACCUUCCUCGUUCCAUUACGAUUUUGCCUUACUAGGUCUAACUACCGGUGUUAGUGGCGUAUUAGGUAUUCCAGCUCCUAAUGGUUUAAUCCCUCAGGCGCCUUUACAUACAGAAACCUUAUUGGUCCACGAUAAAGAUGAAAAAGUUAUACGCUGUGUGGAACAGAGAUUUACAAACACAGCACAGGGCGGUCUGAUGCUAGUCACAAUGUCAAGAGGUCUGCUAGUUUGUCUGGGACAGAUCCCGCAAGCAGUGUUAUCUGGUCUAUUUAUUACUAUGGGUAUACAGGGGCUUACCGGUAAUCAAAUCAUUCAUAGAUUGAUUUGGCUUUUCACGGAGGAGAGAAAGAAGGACAAAAGCAAACUGCUCCAAAAUGUGCCUAAAAAGAAGUUAAUAUUAUUCUUAACAUUCAGUUUAAUUGGUUUUGCAGGCGAAUUUGCCAUAACAGACACUAUUGCUGCUAUCGGAUUCCCCAUAAUUCUGCUAUUGACUGUGGUUGCCUGUCUCUUAUUCCCAUAUAUGUUCACAAAGGAAGAACUAGACAUUCUUGACUCCAAUGUUGCACAGGAGUUCACAAUUAAAAACUUACUAAUGAAGAAUAUCAGAAACGCUAAUUUUUUCUCUAAUAAAGAUGAAGUUGAAACUGAUGUUGAACAUGUUUCUAGUAUAUAA